AUGGGCGAUUGUAAUUGGCAUUUUGGGCACGAUGCAACGAGUAGUUAUGCAAUGGGAGCAUUUUUGUUCCUAAUGGUAACCCCUCUUGCAAAUGCUCAACCUUUGUCUUUUGAUUACAACUUCACUGAUGCUGAUGAUGUAAUACAAGUAAAGCUUGAAGGAAAUUUCUCUUCUUCAAAUGCUGGCAUCCAACUCGCAGUGGACCCAAACAAAAGUGGAUUUGGGAGUGUUGGGCGAGUCACAAGUUCCCAACUUUUUCAUCUUUGGAACAAAAGCUCGAAUGAACUAGAAAGCUUCACUACCCAAUUUUCCUUUUCACUUCUCUCAAGCCAGACCCAGAUUCCUCGUGGAGAUGGUUUGACAUUCUUCUUAGCAAACCCAAAUCUCACAGAUUUGAAUGAUGCAACACAACUAAAAGGAGGAGGCCUUGGCAUUGGUCGUGGGGAUCACAACUACCUUAACCAAACUUUCACAACUGAGUAUCACUUUGUGGCGGUGGAGUUUGACACUUUCCCAAACCAGUGGGACCCACCUGACACACAUGUAGGUGUGAAUGUCAACUCUAUGGUGUCUUACAUAGCUGAGAAAUGGUUGACAGAUACUUCAAGCAGCCCUUACGAUUGUUAUAUUGAAUACAAUUCAAGAGGUUAUCAUCUAAAAGUUUCUUUCACUGGAUACAAGCUCAAUGGUGAACGAGUAACACAGAACCUUUUGUACCACAUUGAUUUGAGUGAAUACUUGCAAGAGUCGGUUAUUGUUGGCAUAUCAGCUGCAACAGGAGAUGGCUCGGAAGAAAUACAUACACUCAUGUCAUGGUCAUUUAAUAAAACCCCACCAACUAGUAGUGCUGAUCAUCAGAAAAGCAAGUUAAUCAUUCACAAGUUGUUGGCGGGAAUAGGAAUUGGUUUAGGUUUGUGUGCGUGUUUAGUUGGGUUGGUCCAUGUUUUAUUAUGGAAGAGGAAUAAAGGAAAAGAAGAAGAACCCACCUCAGAAACCGCUUCUGAUUUGAAGAUGGAUGAUGAGUUCCAAAUGGGCACUGGACCUAAGAAGAUUAGCUAUGAGGAAUUGGUAUCUGCAACAAACAAUUUCCAAGACACACAAAAGCUUGGCCAAGGUGGUUUUGGUUGUGUUUAUAAAGGUUUUUUGAAGGACCAAAACUCCUAUGCUGCUAUAAAGAGAAUAUCAGCAGAUUCAACGCAAGGUGUAAAGGAGUAUGCGGCUGAAGUCACUAUUAUAAGCCAAUUGAGGCACAGGAAUUUGGUGAAACUCACUGGUUGGUGCCACAAAAAGAAUGAUCUCUUCUUGAUAUACGAGUACAUGCCAAAUGGUAGCUUAGAUUCUCGGCUUUCUGGUGGAGAAAACUUUUUGUCAUGGCAAGUGAGGUACAAUGUAGCUUUGGGCUUGGCUUCAGCAUUGCUUUACCUACAAGAAGAAUGGGAAAAAUGUGUGCUUCAUAGGGACAUCAAAUCAAGCAAUGUAAUGUUGGACUCCAAUUUCAAUGCUAAGCUUGGGGAUUUUGGCUUAGCUAGGCUAGCAGAUCAUGAAAAAGGGUCACAUACCACAGUUAUGGCUGGGACCAUAGGUUACUUGGCCCCUGAAUAUAUGAGCACAGGCAAGGCUAGAAAGGAAUCUGACAUAUUUAGUUUUGGGGUUGUUUUGUUGGAGGUAGCCACCGGAAGAAAAGCCAUUCACCACAGAGACAAUGAGGAACAAGUAUCAUUAGUUGAGUGGGUGUGGGAACUCUAUACAUUGAGAAAUCUCAUUUCAGCUGCAGAUCCUAACCUAUGUGGGGAUUUUGAUGUGAAGCAAAUGGAAUGUUUGAUGCUUGUUGGUCUUUGGUGUACAAAUCCAGAUUGCACAUCCAGACCCUCCAUAAAGCAAGUGAAUAAGGUGCUUAACUUUGAAGCUCCUUUACCAAUUAUCCCACAACAGAUCCCUGUGCUAGCCUAUUUCCCUCCAGAAUGUAAUCAUAAAGUUUGA